AUGCACUGGGCCAUGCAGUCGGCUCUAAAACCUGCGGCCGCCUCGCUCUCAAGAAGAUCAACAGAGAAAAGCAUCAAUCUGUUCCACUGUCUGAAUGAACUGAAUGAUGGUUCUCUAGUGGAGGAGAUCCAACAGUCCCUGAGUUCAGGACGUCUCUCCACAGAUGAACUGUCUCCUGCUCAGUGGUCAGCUCUGGUCUUCAUCUUACUGUCAUCAGAAAAAGAUCUGGACGUGUUUGACCUGAAGAAAUACUCUGCUUCAGAGGAGGCUCUUCUGAGGCUGCUGCCAGUGGUCAAAGCCUCCAACAAAGCUCUACUGAGUGGCUGUAACCUCUCAGAGAGAAGCUGUGGAGCUGUGUCCUCAGUCCUCAGCUCCCAGUCCUCUAGUCUGAGAGAGCUGGACCUGAGUAACAACGACCUGCAGGAUUCAGGAGUGAAGCUGCUGUCUGCUGGACUGGAGAGUCCACACUGUGAACUGGACACUCUCAGACUGAGUGUCUGUAACCUCUCAGAGAGAAGCUGUGAAGCUCUGUCCUCAGUCCUCAGCUCCCAGUCCUCUAGUCUGAGAGAGCUGGACCUGAGUAACAACGACCUGCAGGAUUCAGGAGUGAAGCUGCUGUCUGCUGGACUGGAGAGUCCACACUGUGAACUGGAAACUCUCAGGCUGUCAGGCUGUCUGAUCACAGAGGAAGGCUGUGCUUCUCUGGACUCAGCUCUGAGCUCCAACCCCUCCCAUCUGAGAGAGCUGGACCUGAGCUACAAUCAUCCAGGAGACUCAGGAGUGAAGCUGCUGUCUGCUGGACUGGAGGAUCCACACUGGAGACUGGAAACUCUCAGGGUGGAGCCUGCUGGAGUCCGAUGGGUCACACCAGGUCUGAGGAAGUAUUCCUGUGAACUCACACUCGACACAAACACAGUGAACAGAAGACUCAAACUGUCUGACAACAACAGGAAGGUGACACGUGUGGAGGAGGAUCAGUCAUAUCCUGAUCAUCCAGACAGAUUUGACCACUUUCCUCAGCUGCUGUGUACAACUGGUCUGACUGGUCGCUGUUACUGGGAGGUUGAGUGGAGAGGAGGAGUUCAUGUAGCAGUGAGUUACAGAGGAACCAGAAGGAGAGGAGACAGUGAAGACUGUUUGUUUGGAAGGAAUGAUCAGUCCUGGGGUCUGAGCUGUGAUGAUGAUGAUGGUUACCAUGUCUGUCACAAUAAUAUAGUAACACCCAUCUCCUCCUCCUCCUCCUCCUCCUCUGGUAGAGUAGCAGUGUAUGUGGACUAUCCUUCUGGCUCUCUGUCCUUCUACAGAGUCUCCUCUGACAAACUGAUCCACCUCCACACCUUCAACACCACAUUCACUGAACCUCUUUAUCCUGGGUUCAGGUUCUGGUCUGGUUCCUCAGUGUCUCUGUGUUCUCUGGAGGAGGGAGAGUCUCCUCCUGGUAGAGAACCUUUCUCUCUGCUGACCAGAUAGUUCAGUCUGUACAGGAUCACACACAGCUGAUGUUAGUUAGUACCAACCUGAUCUCUCAGUGGUUGUAAAUGCAGUCUGAGCAGGUGAGGGGUACCUGAGCUGGUCUGGACUCUGGGGGGUUGAGAGCUCUCUGGGACUGAGCGAGGUCCAUGUAAUUACCUGAAAUGAUCAGUUGUCUGAGAGAAGGUGUGAAACAUGUUUUACUUUGUGUAUAAAACUGAACUUUGUUGUCUUGAAACAUUUGUUUGUAUGAAGAAAAACCUACGAAUGUCAAACAAGAGUCUUUCUGGAUCAAAUUCAUCAUCUGUGGAAAAAUAAUCACAACGUGUAAAGAGUUGUUUUGAUUAGAACAAACUAAAUUCAUCAUCUUGUGUCAUUGUGUAACAAAAGAACAAACUUUGAUAAGUGACGUUGAAAUAUAAAGAAAUCAAAGUUUUGGGAUGAUUCUAGAUAAUAAACAUAAACAUGUCAAAGGAAAAAUGACAGAAUCCAUCACAACACUGUAUAAACUGAUUGAUUUAUUAAAUAAAGCUUCAUUAUUCACGUUGUAUUGCUCACUU